AUGCGAAACAAUAAUGCCAGCGAAAAGGGCAACGCAACAAAUGGCAAUGUCAACAGCACAAGUCGAAAGGUGGGGCAAGAGCCGCACGACAAAAAAAGAACUUCUUCAAGCGAGACCAACGCGCGCGAGGCACUCUUCACUGCACUUCAGUUCAGUUCAAGUCCCCUCACGUGCUGGCGUCUCCCCAAGCGUUUGCGAACGCCAGCCGUUUUGCGGGUAUUUUCAGCACGUGGCUUUGGCAUGCGCGUUGUUGGAGGCAAAACUGGUGCGGAUGGCCGCCUAUUCGCCUACAUUGUGUGGACGGUGCCUGGUGGACCGGCGGAAAAGAAUGGACUACAGCAAGGCGAUAAGAUACUCGAGUGGAAUGGCAUGUCGCUGAUCGAUCGCAGCUUCGAAGAAGUCUGCUCCAUUAUGGAUCGCACUGGCGACAUAGUCGAGCUGCUAGUCGAACACGCCACCGACUUUCGCAUGUGUGAUCUAUUCGAUGAAAAUCUACCACCGGGCAAUAGCGGCAAUCAAAGUGGUCCACGACGUUCUGGUGACGGUCCAGUGGGACUGGGCUUAAUUGCGGACCCUGAAACAACAACAGACAAAUCACCGGCAUCGCCGACCAGACGGAAAUUACCCAAAACUCCGCCCCACACCCUUCUCAUUUUACAUUUAGAAUUUAUUAAUCAACAUGGAUUUCUCUUUCACUCCUCCAACAGCGGCGAUGGCAGCGUUCAACAAACCGAAGUUUCGCAUCCCACACAAAAUCCCAUUUGGAAUGCGACACUCAGCUUUCAGCACGUGAAUGCCGACAGCCUCAUGGAUCGCUACAUUGACAUACAGUUGUGGGAUUUAGUGCCGCAUACAGAGUCCAUAUUUCUGGGCGAAUGUAAUAUUGAGCUGCAGCAGGCUUUUAUCGACGAUCGCGCCAUAUGGUGUCGACUGGACGAUCCGAAGGGGCUGCGCGGCAUCAGCAUGUCCAAAUCGCCGAGCGUCUCACCGCGCGGUUCCAUUGCCGCCGGCUGUCCGGGCGGUGAUGUAACGCGUCUAUUGCGACGCGAUUACAAUAUGCAACGUUCCAUAUCGGACGAUGUCGAUUCGAUCGGCGAUGGUACAUCACUACUGCAUCCCGACACCGCUUGGGUGGCUGGCUCACGGCGUGGUUCCUCGCAGUCGGAGACGCUCGAGGUUGAGGUGUAUCAAUUGGGUAAAGAUUUUUCGCGGUCGUUGCCGGGUUCGCGACGGUCGUCGUUUCAAGAUCCCGAUAAGAUACGCGAAGAAGAUGCAAUGGCCACGCCACCAGCCUCAUAUUAUGUGGGUAGACGUCGUUCGUCGGUGGCGCGUCGCGAUCCUGAUGAGAUAUUGAAAUCGUUGAAAGCGGUGCGCGGUGAGCUGGGACGCGCAAUGAGUUUGGGCACAGAGCAACAAAAGCGAGCGGGAUCGAGACGUGGCAGUCGCAUUUGCUUACCGAGCAACCCGAGCAGCCGCAAAGGCUCCAUACUUGACAUCUCCCAGCAGCAGCAACAACAACAACAACAACAACAUCAACAGCAUCAACAACUCCAGCAGCAUCUGCAGCAACAAUUACCUGUAGGCAUUGGCAAUGCAGCAACCAGUCCACCCUCCGACGAGGAGAGCAACAAACAGUUUUCGCCACGCUGGAAGGGUUCUGGCAACAAUUUGCGUCCACAGAGCGCCAAACAAGCGCUCUCUAUGCUUAAGCAAGCCUCCUCCGCCACAAACGUAGCAAUGCAAGGAGGACAGAGUGCCAGUGGCAGUCUGCUGAGUGUAGGCGCCGACAGUCCCAAGCAAUUGCGCAAAGGCAGCAUGAUCAAUCUGAAGACAGGCGCAGGGGAUAAUGCGCUCGCUCCCUCGCCGAUGCUGCAGCGUAAGGGUAGCGUUUACGCACACACAAAUACGGAGCGUGAAACUGGCAGUAUGGGCAGUAUGGUCAGCGGCAGCAGCGGUUCGCUUCAGCGCAAGGGCAGCGUUUAUCCAGGCGGUCGUGCUGCUGGUGCGCUCGAGGCUGAGGUGUCGCCCAUGCGCAAGCCAAGCAUCUACAACGUGAAUACCACCGACAGCCCGUCCAUGUUGCGCAAGCAAAGCAUGGCACCGCACAACGCAAGCGCCAAGAAUCUCAGCCACCAUGGCAGUCACGCCGGCAGCAUUGGCAGUCUAACGUCCACGACUGUGACCACGGUCGCCACAACGGGCAUCGAUACCGAUUAUGGACUCAAAAUGGGUCCAGGGCAGAUACAUCCGAAGGGCUAUCGCUUGACGACCGUGCGGCAUGGCGAGCUGAAAAUGGGCUUUGCGAAAAUCAAGGGCGUGGUGGAGGUUGAGGUGAUAUGCGCACGCAAUAUAGUGCCUGUGGAUUGUGAAACACCACCGGACACAUAUGUGAAAUGCUACGUUAAGGAUGGCGACCGACUGCGACAUAAGAAGAAGACGCGCGUGGUGAGGCACUCAGCGGAGCCAAUCUACAAACAGACGCUCAAGUAUCAGAGUGCUGACGUUUUCGGUCGCAACAUCGUCAUUAUGGUCUGGCAACGCUGCGUCGGCUUCGAGCACAAUCAGGGCCUAGGCGGCACCGAAGUCAAUCUGGACAAAAUCAAUGCAUCGCAACGCAUCGGCGGUUGGUAUCCGCUCUUUCCGAUGCAUUCGCUAGGCGGUUCCGAUUCGGAUAAUUCUCCUUGACCGAUCACGCGCAGCCAACUAAAUACAAUGAACAAUAAAAUCGACACCAUCACAAAUACGGAAACAAUAAUAAUGCAAGCAAAACGAAGAAAAAUAAUUACAACAAAAACACCAAUGCAAAUUUUUUUCAAUAUUAAACAAAAUACUAAUUAUAAUUACAAUGAUAAUGAUAAUGAUUAUAUUUAUGACCGUAAUAAUUUAUGUAGCGCAAAUGCUCAAUUGCAAUUUGUUAGAUAUAAGCAAGUAAUAUUGGCAACUAUUUAAAAGCAGAAGAAGAAGAAGAAGAAGAAUUUAUUAUAAUACAAUAACAAAUAAUUAGUUAAAUAAGUGAAAUGAAAAAAAAAAUACAAAAUAUGAAUCGGUUAAUUACCAAAGGGAAUAAGUCGGAAUCGCAGUUUUGAUGCCGUUCGGUUUGCUUCAAGAAGCUCUGUUGAAAUGCAUAAAAAUUUCCAUAUCGGAAAAUGUUGACUUAUUCGCUUUGGUAAUUAAGCGACAUACAUAUGUACGAGAGGUUGUGUAAGCAGUUUGCAUUAAAAGUCCUUAGGGCUUUACGAGGUGGGAGUUUACUUGGCAGAAAAGUGAAAAGUAAAAAUUACAUAUUUUAUUAAAAGAGCUUACAAGAAGAUUCUUCUAAAGAAUUUGUUGCAUAGAAAACACCAUUACUUACACAUUAAUACAUACAUACAUACAUACAUACAUGGGAACGGGGUGAGCCUAUAUUGCAUAGCUUGCAAGGAAAUGUUAGUUACUAUUUACACACAUACAUACAUACGUACAAGCGAAAAGCUGGAGCUAGAGAAGCUUUUACAAAAUGCCUAUGCUACAAAAGUACUUGGUCAAUUUCUCGUUUUUUCUUGUUAUUUUUUUUUUGUUUUUUUUAAACGUUAAGUGGAAAAGUCGUUUAGUAGCUGCAUUGUACCU